CAGCAGCCGGACCCGAUGGCGAUUAGUCGUACCGUGAGCGUGAAGUCAAGCGGUUCUUAGUUACGUUACCUGUCCAGUUUUUUUCCUCUUCUCGAUCGACUAUAUGAUACGCGUUGUGAGUGUGUGGUGGAGAAACGUUCUUAGUGUCGAUGAUCUUCUGUGGAAAACACAAUGAUAUGGAUUGAUAGGAGCUACUUUCUGGUUUUGGUGCUGUCGAUCAUCCCAUUGAUAACCAACACCCAAGCACAAACAUGUACUGCGCCAGAUCAGAAAACUGGUCGCUGCACGCUGUUGCGUUCGUGUGCUAGCUUGUUUAACUUGAUCAAGAAAAAGCCUCUUCUGCCGGAAGACCGCACAAUAUUAAGCCGCAGCCAGUGUGGUUGGUCUGUGACAGAGAACCAUCCCAUGGUGUGCUGCACUGAUCCCAUCGACACGCCGAUUCGAGUUGGAGGUGCUUUACUGCCAGUGCCUGGAGUUUGUGGAAUACAAACUAGCGAUCGAAUUGUCGGUGGCACCAACACCAAGAUCGACGAGUUUCCCUGGCUAGCACUUCUCAAAUACGCCAAACCCAACAACAUCUUCGGGUUUCAUUGUGGCGGUGCACUGAUCAACGAUCGCUACGUUUUGACAGCAUCACAUUGUGUCAACGGAAAAGAUAUUCCACCUACCUGGAAUCUAGCCGAGGUUCGUUUGGGCGAAUGGGACACUUCGACAAACGAAGACUGUGAUGGAGUUGGUGUGGAUGCCGACUGCUCGCCACCUCCGGUGGACGUUGUAAUCAUGCAAAAAACACCCCAUCCUGAGUACAACCCAAACGCACUGGAGCAAUAUCACGACAUCGCUUUACUUCGGCUGGAGCAUCGCAUUUCGUACACGGACUUUGUGAAACCGAUCUGUUUGCCAAAAGCAGCCGAACUUCAGGAGAGAAGUUCCGUUGGACUAAAGCUGCAGGUUGCUGGUUGGGGACGUACUGCAACGGCUCGGUUCAGCAACGUUAAACAGAAGGUUGGCGUAGACGGUGUCGAUCUGGCCAAAUGCAAUGAAGUGUACCGACAGGAGCAAGUCGUCCUGCGUGACACGCAGCUGUGCGCCGGUGGCUUAGCCGGGAAGGACUCCUGUCAGGGUGACUCCGGUGGACCGUUGAUGGGCGUAACGACGGCCGACAGUAAAAGUCCCUACUGGUACCUAGCCGGGCUUGUAUCGUUCGGACCGACACCAUGCGGACAGCAAGGCUGGCCGGGCGUGUACACCAAUGCGGCUAAAUAUGUCGGCUGGAUUGAGUCGAACCUGGUGGAGUGACGUGGUUUGAAAAAUGAGAUUUUCACUUUUACUAUACAAUUUAAUGGCUGCAAAUAGACGACCAUGUUUGGACCAAGUGCA